AUGGAGGCGGAGGGAAUGUGGCGAGCGGGGGUCAAGAGGCAGGAUCGGCGUCGAUGCAGUACGGGGCAGAAGGAGGGGGCUACGGGUACUCUGCUCAAGAGCAAGGUUCACCACAACCGAUCGCCGACAGCCGGGGCUACUACCCAGGAGAGAAAGGGUACAACCCGGACCUAG